CCCCGGUUGUCGGUUGGCUGUAUUUAUUGCAACAUGCCGCCAUUUCCCCCUCUCUGAGAAAACCUCAUUCAACUUCCCCAGUAUAAUCGUGAGCCAGUUUCCUAGAAUGGGAACCGCCUACUCCAAGCCCGCAGCUACUCCCAGCGAGAAAACUGCCUCAUCCUUUGCACAGGUCUACACCGAUGAAUCCCCGCAAUCUCGUACGCUUUCCCCAACCCAACACUACAAUGACAGACCAUGUCUUUAACAGUGCCAACUCCAGCACCACCCUACCAAUUCCCCGAUGACGACCUCGAGCCCGAGGCAGAGCGCAUCCCGACGCUAUCCCUUUCCAACCUGAAAUCCUGGAACGAGUCCCUCCUCCGCGAUCCCAAGAACCGCCUCGCAAUCACCACCCUCUCCAGCCAACCCUACCCCGAACUCCUCACCAACCGCACAACCCUGCACACCACCUCGCAACACAUCUUCAACCUGCGAAUCCCCGAAGAAGGCGCCCCAAUCACGAACCAACGCUCCUCCGGCCGCUGCUGGCUGUUCGCGUCGACCAACAUCUUCCGCCUCCCCAUCAUGCAAGAAUACAACCUCCGGGAGUUCGAACUCUCGCAAGCCUACCUCUUCUACUGGGACAAGCUCGAAAAAGCCAACUGGUUCUUCGAGCAGAUGCUCGCCACAGCCACCACCGAGGAUCUGUCGGGGAGACUCGUGCAGAAGCUGCUCGAGGACCCCGUCACCGACGGCGGCCAGUGGGAUAUGGUCGUCAACCUCGUCCGGAAGUACGGGCUCGUGCCGUCGACGGUAUACCCGGACAACUACAACGCCAUGAACAGUAGCCGGAUGAAUUGGUUAAUUACCGCCAAGCUGCGCGAGCAGGGGCUUGUUCUGCGGAGGCUGAAGCGCGAAGGUGGCGGACGAGGCGUGGCGGAGGCGAAGACGCGGUUCCUCAAGGAGAUUCACUCGUUGGUGACGAUUCUGCUGGGUCCGGCGCCGAGUCCGGACGAGCGGUUCGUGUGGCAGUUUUAUGAUGCCGCCGGGAAAGCGAGGACGGUGCAGGUGUCGCCGAGGGAGUUUGCGGGGCGGGUGAGUACCGAGACCGCGGUGCGGAAGCUCGGCGGGAGGGUGUCUGUGGCUCCCGCUAGGUUGUUUAGCUUGGUGAACGAUCCCCGGAAUGAGUAUAAUCGGUUGUUGACGGUGGAGCGGUUGGGGAAUGUGCUUGAGGGAAGGCCGCUGACGUAUGUUAAUGUCGAGAUGAAGAUCCUGAAGAACGCAGUCAUCGCCAUGCUCAAAGCAGGCCACCCCGUCUUCUUCGGCUGCGACGUCGGCAAAUCCUCUGACACAUCUCUAGGCGUCAUGGACGCGGACCUGACCGACCUCGCCCUCGCGUUCAACGUCUCCCUCGGGAUGAGCAAGGCCGAGCGUCUGGCCAGCGGCGAGUCGGCCAUGACCCACGCCAUGGUCAUCACGGGGGUGCAUCUCGAGGACGACGGCACGCCCGUGCGUUGGCGCGUCGAGAACUCCUGGGGCGAGGCCGCCGGCCAGAAGGGCUGGUUCGUCAUGACCGAUCGCUGGAUGGACGAGUAUACCUUCCAGGCGGUGGUGGACGCGGAGUUUGUCUCGCGCGAGGUCCGCGAGAUCCUGGAGCAGAGCCCCAAGGUAUUGCCGCGGUGGGAUCCGUUGGGGGUUCUUGCGUGAUGGCUUCAAAGGUAGGGGUAUGAAGCUGUGGGGUGAUGUAUACAAAUUUAGUUGUUUGCUGGUAUUGCAUGGGCUGAGAUUAUAGCAUAAGUAUUCUUCCAGGGUGAACUCAUACAUCUCGUAUAAAGCCGGGGCUGGGUUCUCAGCACCCAAUGACACUCGCAUAGGUACUGUGCAUGUCCGGUUGAACUUGUGCGUCAAGUGAGACCCCCGAAAUAUUCAAAACAAAUUCGACCAUACUAGUGGAGUUCACGGCAUUAUCGGUAGAGAAGGAUUUAGUCUUGAAGCAGACGGCAUGACCAUUGAUAUGACCCCGAGCCGCUGCACCUGGG